AUGUUAGAUAUUUUGAGGCAAAAUAUUUUUUUAUUGACUACCUUUGUUAUUGCUAAUGCAUUUAAUGCAAUGGCCGCUCUAGUACGCGGUGAAAUGGAUCCUGAAUUGGUGACCCGUGAUAU